AUGGGGAAGAACAGGAUGAUCUUAUCACUCUGGUCGGAAGCUGCCCGCUGCAUGGAGGAAAGAUAUAUGAAUUGGGAAAUAGCCAAGAAACCUGAAUUCGCAGGCCUGCGGAUUUUGUGCCUGGACGGGGGAGGAAUCCGUGGCAUCGUGGAGCUUGAGAUCUUAGCUGCCAUUGAGAACUGUAUCAACAACAACCAUCCGACCCACGGGAUUCAAAUUCAACAACUGUUCGAUCUUAUUGUGGGAACAAGCACUGGUGGCAUCGUCGCUCUCGGUCUGGUUGCAGCGCAGUGGUCUGUAUCUGAAUGCACGCACAAGUUCCUGUCUCUUUGCAAAGAAGCAUUCUCGGAACGGGAGUUUGCAGAUACAAUCUUCGAAAGUCUGGCGACCUUGAACCACGGGAGCAAAUAUAGGACGACACCAUUGCAUAGAGUAUUGAAGGAGUCUUUCGGCGACGACCUUUUGUUUGGGGGCCGAAGUGACGCUGCGAGAUACACCACAAAGGUAGCUGUGGUGUCUACGUCAGGGACGGGGAACCGAGCCUUGAUCAUGGCCAACUACAACCGCCAGCAAACUUCUGAUCCCGGAUACACUUUGGAAACCGCCAGGGCGCCCAGCGAAGCAUUUCAUGUCUGGGAAGCUGCCGCGGCAACCUCAGCUGCUCCAUCAUAUUUCAAACCUUUUGUGCGGCGUGGAAGAACUUACCUCGAUGGAGCCAUCAAUCACAACAAUCCUGUGAUUGUCGCGAAAAGAGAACGAAGGCUGCUGUGGCCAGACGUCGAAUCACGCCACCCGGAUGUUUUUCUCUCACUCGGGACGGGUCAACAUGAAGCAGAGAUGAAGCGAAAAUUGGAGAAACUCUCUGGUCAUUCCAGAGAGGACCAACUGAGAAGGAAGCAGCAGCAAAACGAAGGAUCGCGAGAUUCUCGAAAGCGCUAUCGAGCCAUCAAAGGCAUCAAAAACUACCUCAGCGUCUUGUUUGACAAGAUUGACAAUAUCCUCGACACUGAAUGGUCCUGGCACGAGUUCUACCGCGACACGGUGGGCGAACAUUGGGCAACCGAUUUCGCGUCCCACUAUUUCCGCAUCAACCCUGACCUCAAACAAAAGCCACCGGCGUUAGAUGCAAAAUUUGAAGUGGAUAACCUUCAAGCGAAGGUACAUAAAAUGCUGAGACAGCCUCCGUUGUCCCGCGAGAUUACAGAAAUUGCGAACGCCCUGGUUGCCAGCACCUUCUAUUUCCGAAAGGACGAGUCCCGCGUUUAUGGGGAAAAGCACAAUCAGACCUUUGUUUGCAGCGGUCAAAUCCGCUGCAAGCUCGCUCAUCAGGACCAGAGCAUCAAAACCCUGGCUGAAUUCCUGCAAAAUCACAUUAUUGGAAACUUUGUGCCUAGCUUUGUUGUGAAGAAGCGUUUGGCUUCGUCGGAAGAAUUCACGCUUCUCGAUUUAGACAAAGACUUCCUUGACGACAUGUACACUCGGAAAGUAUUUGACGGAGGAUGGACUGGAGAGAUCGAGCUUCGGGACCGCGAAGAACCAACCUACAUCCUUCUUCGACUGCGACAACUUAGCUCGAGGUCUAACAGAGUCUCCACAUGCGACUAUCCCAUCAGCGGCUUCCCGCGCAAAUUCAACGUGGAGAAUGAGAGAAACGGUGAGACCCCUCUCGACUACAUUUUACUUCUCGAUGCCGGAAGGACUGACAAACGUGCAGCGUCGAGAAUGCAGAAGCGAGUGCAGGAGCUUGCCAGGCGCCGUGAAGCUGGGGGCGAGGCUGCCGCUUCUUCGUCUUUUUCACCUACGAUCCAGCCCACCGCCUCAAGGUCGUCAUCCAACAACAACCGCGUGUCGACUGCAGAGAGUCUUGCGGAUUCGGAUACGGAAUACGAGGAUGGGCUCCUGUCAGAGCAAGUCCUGAAGGAGUAUGAGGUGUGGUCGACACCAGACUGA